AUGAAUUAUGAUAAGCAAUUCUAUUUAUACUCUAUUGUAGAUUAAAAACCAGAGCAUGAUUUCUCUGUUGUGGGAGUUAUCGAUGGAUCUGGAAGUAUGAGUGAAUGUUGGUCAGAUCUAUGCAAAGCCUGGAAUAAUUUUAUAUAUGAUAUCUAGAGUUCUUUUUGCAUUCAAUUUGAUGAUGCAGCUGAAUUGUAAUUGAAUCCUAAAUUAGACCAUUAAAAAGGAGAAGGCACAAAUAUAUCAUUAGGAUUUCAAGAACUUAUCAAAUUAGUGAAAAGUGGUAGAUUAAAAAAAAAUGUCAUCGUUGUUUUUAUAACUGAUGGAGUAGGAGAUGAUAAAUUAGACAACUACAUUAAUAAUUUAGCAGAAAACUUUACAAUUUUUCAUGAGUAAGAAUAUUAAUUUAAGUUUUUCACCUUGGCAAUAGGGGAUACAUUUUCCCAUACUAUUGUGGCUGAAUUGAAAAACAGAAUUCAUAAUUCAACAUUAAUUAGUUCUUAGAUGGAAUACAUUUAAAAUUCCAGGGUUGAUUUUUAAAAUAAAUUGCAACAAAUCAAAGAAGAAAUAUUCUACAGACUAGUCAGAAUUGAACCAGCUGUAUAAUUGGUACCUUUUGGAAAAAAAAUGACAAAACUUGCGCCUAAUUAAACUAUUUUUUCAGAAAAUCCAAUAAUCAAAAUAAAUGGAGAAGAGAUUAAUCUCAAACAAUAUUCAAUCUCAAAUCACGAUUUAUUUUAAUUUGUGAAUUAGAUUUUCUUAAAAUUGAUGGAAGAUAGCACUAGAGGUUUGAAAUCGGUUUAAGAUGAAGCAAACAAAUAGCUUCAAAUUAUAAACACCUUAAUGUAAAGAGUAUCUCAAGAAGAUUAAAAUGAUUAUAAAUAGGAUAUUUAAGAAACAAUUACAAAAAUCAAAGCUUUUGCUUAAGGAUAGUAAUUAUUAAAAUUAUUAUCUGCUAAAGAUGCGGCCGAAUCUAUUACUAAGUUGCAAGCAGCAAUUUUAGCCAAGAAUACUAGAAGACAAGAUGUAUUUUAUAUCUAAUCUUAUUAGAAUUAUGAAUAAAAAAAAGUAACCAACGAAAAAUUAGAGAAAGCUAAGCAAAGAUUAAAUAGCAUGAAAAAAUCCGUUAAAAUUAAAACUAUUUUUUCAUAAAUUGAAUAGUUUUUUAAGGAAAACACGAAUACAAGUCCUUAACUAUUAGUUAAAUUACUACAAGAAAAAAAGGGAGGCUUGAAUUUACAGCGAUAUGCUUUAGAAUAUCAAGUUGAAUGCAAUGAAUUAUUCUUAUUGCUUCAUAUUUGCAAUUAAUGA